UUCACGUCAUCACGCACAGCUCAAAGGCUAUGGCGUUUCCUGAAUGGAUGACACUGGCUGCUGCUGCAUCUUUUUUCUGUUUCUUAUGUUUUUGUCUUCGCUACAGACGCACAGUACAUUUGGUUCUGAGAAAAGCAUUGAGUAAGAUAAUGGCUCGUACGGAGAAGCCGCUGUUCCGCAUAGCGUACACGCUGUACACCAGGACCCGGCUUGGAUACAUGUACUACAAGAGACAAAUGCGGAAAGCACGGGAGCAUUACCCUGCUGGACAUUCCGCGGCUCAGCCGAUGGAGCUGAAUGGUAUCAAAAUAAUUCCCAUCGCCGUGCUGUCUGACAACUACAGCUAUCUUGUAAUUGACACAGCCUCCAGUGUUGCAGUUGUUGUUGACCCUGCAGAUCCUCAAACAGUUCAGGCAGUCCUUGAAGAGGAGGGAGUGAUGUUAGAAGCAAUACUCUGUACACACAAGCAUUGGGAUCACAGUGGGGGAAAUAAAGCUCUGAAAAGGCUUCACAGCUCAUGCCGAGUUUAUGGAAAUGCAACUGAUAACAUUCCAGGCCUCACGCACCCGCUUUCUCACAGAGACUCUGUCACAGUUGGCCGCAUGACCUUCAGGGCCCUCUUCACUCCUGGACAUACAGUGGGCCACAUGAUCUACCUCUUGGAUGGCCGAGCGGUCAGUGCCCCCUCCAGUCUCUUCUCUGGUGACCUGGUCUUCCUGUCGGGUUGUGGGAGAAUGUUUGAAGGCAGUGCAACAACCAUGCUGUCAUCCCUGGACACCGUGGGCACAUUAAGCGACGAUACUUUUUUGUGGCCCGGUCAUGAGUAUGCAGAAGACAACCUGCUGUUUGCAGCUCAGGUUGAGCCACGUAAUGCUGCCAGGGAAAACAAAUAUCAGUGGGUGCUGCAGCAGCGGGGCCAGAAGCUGUGCACGAGUCCCUCGACUGUUGGAGAGGAGAAGCAGUACAAUCCAUUUCUGCGCAGCCACUCCGUGGAGCUCCAUCAGGCCCUGGGCAUCCAGCAGGGCAAGGAUGAAGACUGGACCCAGUUCAGGGCUCGGGUGCUGGAGGAGCUACGAAAACGCAAAGACCUCUACAACAGGAGAUAGUGUGAGAAGUCCGUUAAACCUUAGGGAACACAGGAGUGGCCUGUACUGGACAGCAGUGUUGAUGAAUCAGUCAUAAUAAGCUCAGCUCUGAGGUGUUGUACAUUUAAGAGGACAUUAAUUGUUAGCUGUACCGUGACCCUUGAGAAAACAGUCCCAACACUACAUAAUAUGAAUCCAAUAACUCUUCCACGUGCUGUGUCAGGUUUGCAGCAGUGCUGCUUUAGUUUCUCUUAUUUAGAGACACUAAUGUAGAUGUGCACGGUUUACUUCACUGUUUUUACAAAUAGGUGUUACCAGAUUUCUCAGUGUGUGAAACGUGGGGUGAAUCUAGGUCUGGACUUCACAUGGCACUAGGUACCGUGUCGUUUACAACACUGACUGUUUUGGGAUGCUGGUUCUAGCUGGCUGCACAUUUUAGAUGCUGCUAAAGUACGUUGUGUAUGGACCAUGUCACUCACUGUGGCUUUUUGGAGACUGCGGUAACAAUUGUUACUGAAAUAUCUUGCUUCUAAUUUAUUGAAUCACACAAAUCCUUCCCUGUUUCCACUUUCUACACUAGAUUUAAAUGUCACCCUUGCGCGUGAAAGAGCCAAGUUUGUUUUGGCUUUUAAAAGGUGUUACUAUCAUUUAGUUUGUGACAGUGCGCAUGGAUGCCAGCACUGUUGCCUUCCCGAAAUGCUCUAUUCAUUCACUCACGAAACAAGAGGGAGUAUUUUUGCUACUGAGCUAAAUGAGCCAAAUGUUUUUGUGCCUCACAACAAAAAUGAUUUUUGCUGUUCUUGCAUCAUUUUUAUUUACUUGAAUUUUUUUCAAGUUGUGGUACAUUGUGAAGUAUUUGACUCAUUUCCAUUGUUUUAGUGUGAAACAUGACUGAACUACUUCAUUUAUUUAGACAUAAAACUGGUGUUUCCCUAUAGACUCCAAGCUGUAUUUGUGAUGUUAGCUGGUUCUGCCUGGGCAAAUCAGUGGCACAGUGCACAGCCUACAAAAAAAUAAGAGUCCAUAAUAUGUUGGGUCUGCCACAAAUAACUAAAUGUUUAGGACAGUAAACACUGCAAAAUAAGUUGCGACAUCAGUUUAGUUCAUUCUGGUUUAAAUUGUAAUAUUUUAAGGUAAGUUUGUAAGUAGACACUGCACAGAUUGAUGAAAAGAUUUUUCUAAUUAUGUAACUUUGAAAGCUGAAGUCAUUUAAUACAUUGAAGGAUUUUAUUAGUCUGUGACAACAGAGAAGGAAACAUGUUUUCAGUGCAAUAAACACAGUCUUCUACCCAAUAAUAUA